UGCUGUUCUAGACAUCUCCACUGCAGAGCUACUAACGCCAGGGUGUACGAAAAUGGGGGACUUUGUGAAGAAUACCCCGAUGAACCACGGCGUGUACACAUGGCCCGACGGCAGCACGUAUGAAGGCGAGGUGAUCAAUGGCAUGAGGAACGGGUUUGGUAUGUUCAAGUGUGGCACACAGCCCGUGUCCUACAUUGGCCACUGGUGUCACGGCAAGAGACAUGGGAAGGGUUCCAUCUAUUACAAUCAAGAGGGGACCUCUUGGUAUGAGGGAGACUGGGUGUACAACAUCAAAAAAGGCUGGGGGAUAAGAUGCUACAAAUCGGGAAACAUAUACGAAGGGCAGUGGGAGAACAACAUGCGUCACGGGGAAGGCAGAAUGAGGUGGCUCACGACAAAUGAGGAGUACACAGGCCACUGGGAGAAGGGGAUCCAGAACGGCUUCGGAACGCACACAUGGUUCCUAAAGAGAAUCCCCAACUCUCAGUAUCCUCUGAGAAAUGAGUACAUAGGGGCGUUUGUAAACGGCUUCCGUCACGGACAAGGGAAGUUUUACUAUGCCAGUGGAGCCAUGUAUGAGGGAGAAUGGGUUUCCAACAAAAAGCAGGGCAGGGGCAGAAUGACCUUCAAGAAUGGCCGUGUGUAUGAAGGUCUGUUUUCCAAUGAUCACAUCGCACAGUUCUUUGAAGCUGAAAUCGAUUACUCACACAGCCUGGACCGCUGGUCAGAUGUCUCGCCGAGGAGCCGGCAGGCUCGGGGGUCUUCCGUCAGCGCAGUCAGGGAGCCUGAGACCCUACGAAAGUUGGAUGGCAGCGAAAGCCAUUCUGUGCUAGGAUCGAGUAUUGAGUUGGACUUAAAUCUGUUGCUGGACAUGUACCCCGAGGAAAGCCAAGAAGAAGAAAAGAAGCAGGUCGAGUAUGCCGUCCUGAGGAACAUCACGGAGUUAAGGAGGAUCUACUGCUUCUACAGUGGCCUUGGGUGUGAUCACUCUCUGGAUAACACCUUGAUGACAAAGCUUCACUUCUGGAGAUUCCUGAAAGACUGUAGGUUCCAUCACCACAACAUAACCCUUGCAGAUAUGGACAGGGUACUGAGCGUCUAUAACGGCAUCCCAAUUGAAGAAAUCCACUCCCCAUUUAGAACCAUCCUCUUAAGAACAUUCCUGAAUUACCUCCUGCAGCUGGCUUACUACAUCCAUCACAAAGAGUUCCAGAACAGAAGCCCAUCACUCUUCCUGUGUUUUACCAAACUGAUGGCCGAGAACAUUCAUCCACACGCCUGUCAGGUGAAAGGUCACUUAUUCAGUGAGCAGCAGCGGACACUCUACUCGAUGAAUUACAUCGAUAAGUGCUGGGAAAUUUACACAGCCUACUGCAGACGGAACGAAGCCCCGCCCUACGAACUGACAAUGAAGAUGAGGUAUUUCCUCUGGAUGCUGAAAGACUUUAGGAUGAUAAAUAAGGACUUAACUGCGACCAAAUUCAUGACUGUGAUAGCAGAGGAUAACCCUUUCGUGUAUGACGGAACCGAUAGCAACUUUGAGCUUGAGCUGGUCUUCCUGGAAUUCUUUGAAGCUCUCUUGGGCUUCUCUCUCUGCUGCAUGUUUGACCAGAUGACUAGAUCCUAUUUAAAAGUCCCGUACGAAGACAUCACUACAAACCGCUACGGCAGCACUCAGACGAUACUAAACCAGAGCGUCCACAGGAGCCCGAGUGCAAUCACAAGCCAUGACUCGGAAGUCCACUUCAGCAGCACCAAGUCGUCCUUAGACAAGAUGGGAGUUCUGCCUGAUGGUAAAAUCAGGCAGUCAGAGCCCAAGCUCAAGAAGUCGCUGAGUGAGGACAAGGUCUCCAAAAUGAACAUGAAGACUCAAGGAAGAGGGCUGGUGUUCAUGUCUCCACACGAGAAAUAUGAAAAACCCAAAGAUGAACAUAAAGACAAACUCAACAUCUGGGUGAACAACCUCUACAUGUUCUUUGUAAGUGUGCUCUUCAGCGCCUACAAACGUGAGGAGAUGCUCAAGGAGAAGGUGAAGGAAAACCGGCUCCAGGACGCAGUGCUGGCUCAGCAGAAGCAGAUAGAGAACGAAGAGCUCGAAGCCAGGCUGAACAUCCUACGGGAAGAGGAGGCCAGGAGACAAGACUUUGAACUUGACAUUACUGUGCUCAAGGAGCCGGUGGAGAUCACAUCCUCACAGCCACUCACGCCCAGCCCCCCUAAGGAGGACUUGGCUUCCAUCCAGACGAGCAAGGCCAGCCCGGGCAAGAAGAAGAAGAAGUAGUGAAGACGCACGCGCAUGCGCGCAGUGUCACAGCUGAGCUGCAAGGACAAGCCGGCACACAGCUGUGACAAAUGUCCCACAAAGUAAAGGGUCUGCAUUUAGCUUCUGGUUUGAGUUUUUGAAAUACUCUACCUUGGCCCACAAUGUAAGUUUCUGGUACGGCUGCA